AUGGAUCGCGGAUCAGUUUACUCGACUCACGUCUAUGAGCCGUCUUUCGGUGAAAACGGAGAUACGCGACUUCAACGUCAGACGCAGCUUGAAACCUUCAUCCUCGACUUCCGUAUCGACAACAAUUUCGUUUACAGAGAUCAACUACGAGAGAAUGCGCUACUCAAGAGAUACUUCUGCGACGUCAACAUUAACGAUUUGAUCAGCUUCAACGAAGAUCUGGCACAUCAAUUGACCUCUGAGCCUGCCGAGAUCAUCCCUCUGUUCGAGAAUGCGCUAAAGAAAUGCACACACCGCAUUGUCUUCCCCCACGAACCCAAGGUCGAGCUUCCUGAGCACCAGCUUCUUCUUCACUCAAACGCCGACGAUGUCUCAAUCCGAAACCUCGACUCCGAAACCAUCUCACGACUGGUACGUGUGCCAGGUAUUGUCAUUGGUGCCUCUGUCAUGUCAUCAAAGGCAACAGAGCUCCAUAUACAAUGUCGCAACUGUGGGCAUACUCAGAAUAUUCCUGUCUUUGGUGGCUUCACAGGUGUCACUCUUCCCCGACAAUGCAGUCGAAGCCGAGUUCCGAAUGACCCAACGCCAAAAUGUCCCAUGGACCCCUAUUUCGUCGCCCAUGAGAAGUCUCGUUUCGUCGACCAACAAAUUAUCAAGCUUCAGGAAGCGCCCGAUCAAGUUCCCGUAGGAGAACUGCCCAGACACGUUCUUAUCUCAGCCGACAGAUACUUGACAAAUAGAGUUGUCCCAGGCUCAAGGUGUACUGUCACAGGCAUCUUCUCCAUCUACCAAAAUAAGGCUUCCAAGAACUCCUCCACCGGCGGUGCUGUGGCUAUUCGUACCCCCUAUUUGAGGGCGGUUGGAAUCCAGUCAGAUAUCGAUCAAGCAGCCAAGGGAAAUGCAACUUUCAGUGAAGAAGAAGAGCAAGAAUUCCUGGAAAUGAGCAGACGCCCGGACCUUUACGACGUCAUGACUGACUGCAUCGCCCCCUCUAUCUACGGAAACCGUGAUAUCAAGAAGUCAAUUCUCUGCUUGCUAUUAGGUGGCUCAAAGAAGAUUCUGCCUGACGGAAUGAAGCUAAGAGGAGACAUCAACGUGUUGCUUCUUGGUGACCCUGGUACAGCCAAAUCUCAGCUGCUGAAGUUUGUCGAAAAGGCAGCUCCGAUCUCCAUCUAUACCUCCGGAAAGGGCUCAUCUGCAGCAGGUCUCACAGCGUCUGUUCAGCGUGAUCAGUCCACUCGUGAAUUCUACCUCGAAGGUGGUGCGAUGGUCUUGGCUGAUGGUGGAGUGGUGUGUAUCGAUGAAUUCGAUAAGAUGAGGGACGAGGACCGAGUGGCAAUCCACGAAGCUAUGGAACAGCAAACUAUUUCUAUCGCCAAAGCUGGUAUCACUACCAUUCUUAAUGCGCGGACAUCAGUUUUGGCCGCUGCCAACCCUAUUUUCGGUCGAUAUGAUGAUAUGAAGACUCCUGGAGAGAAUAUCGACUUCCAGACCACCAUCCUUUCACGUUUCGAUAUGAUUUACAUUGUCAAGGAUGAACAUAGCCGUGAAAAGGACGAGACCAUGGCCAAGCACGUUCUUGGUAUUCAGAUGAACGGUCGAGGCGCCGAGGACAUGACCGAGUCUGAAAUCCCGAUUGACAAGAUGCGAAGAUACAUCACCUACUGCAAGACUCGAUGUGCCCCUCGACUUAGCAAUGAGGCUGCUGAGAAGCUUUCUUCUCACUUUGUUUCCAUCCGUCGCCAGGUCCAUGCCGCUGAGAUGGAGGCCAACACUCGCUCUUCUAUCCCUAUCACUGUCCGUCAGCUCGAAGCUAUCGUUCGUAUUACUGAGUCCCUUGCUAAGCUCACCCUCUCUCCCAUCGCCACCGAAACGCACGUGGACGAAGCCAUCCGUCUCUUCUUGUGUUCUACCAUGGAUGCUGUCAACCAGGGCAGUAACCAGGGCAGUCGCGAGCUGAACGAUGAGGUCAACCGCCUUGAGGCAGAGCUGAAGCGUCGUCUUCCGAUCGGAUGGAGUACCAGUCUGUCCACACUCCGCAGGGAGAUGGUUGAGGGUAAGGGAUACAGUGAGCAGGGACUCAACCGAGCCCUGAUGGUUCUGCAACGGAGAGACACAAUCAUGUUCAGAAACCAGGGAGCGCAAGUUUACAGGAAUGGAGCUUAA